CUCUGUGGCACUCUCACUGCGGGCAGAACCUGCUGAUCGACGAGGUCUCUGCCAGCAGGACUCUGAGUAUUUUUGCUUUUCCCCACAGGCGUUGUCUGCUGCAGACUUGAGCAGCGCUGCUCAAGCCAUGGAGGGAGUGUGUGCUGCAGUUUGCACAGCUUUUUCCGUGGCUUAUUCUGGGUACUUUCUCACCCACCUGGCACGUCACAUCAGCCAUGCCUGGAGAGAAUCCGGUCUUUGGGUGAGUGGGAAAGGAGCCUCUGGCCUUGGGAGCAUUUGACAAUUGUGGAGCAAGCUGUGAGCUGGGCCUGUUGCAGUCCAGUGCCAGCCUGGUUGCAUGAAUGAAAGUACAGUCCAGACUCUUUGCAGCAAGAGCAGCAGCAGCAGGAGGAGCCUGGGCUGUUUUCUGCAGUUCCUUUUCAGAGCUUUUAAGCAGCUGGAAGUGGGGUUGCCUGGUGCUUUAAGCCAUGAGAGAAUUUCACCUGCACAAGAGAGUGCAGUCCCAUCUAAUUGUCCCAUUUUACUUGAGUUGGAGCAACUUAGAAUCCCAUUUCCCUACAGAUGAUUUCUCCUUAGUGCAUCUGGGUCUAGAGCUGAAUAUAAAGAAGGUCAUGUGUCCCUCAUGCUGCUGUCUGUCUGCAGAGCCCAACACCAACCUCGGAGGCUCCUCUGGCUAUGUGUCUUCCUGCAGAAGAGGCCAAAGGGGAGGAAGAUGCUCCCCAAACUGCACCUGCUGCCACUGCAGGGCCUGAGCAUCCAGCAUCAGUAAGUGGCAGCUCUGGGUAGUGCUGUGGCUAGAGCAAAGCAUAGCUGCAAGUUUCUGAUCAGACAGCACCUCCCGUGCCUGGCUGAAGAUGCUGAGGGCUGGAAUCAUUCCAGCCCUUCCCCCAGUCAGUUAGGCUUGGAAAAGGGGAGUGGAACUUGGAUUGUUCAGACAUCUGAACAGUAGGCAGUAGGCACCUUCCUACUGUUCUGAAAGGGGCUGUGAAUUUGUCUUAGCAAGAGACAAGAGGUAGCAUUAAGAUGUCUUUGGAUGCUCCUGGGGUACAAGUGAGGCCCGUGGUGGCCAGUGGCUGUGCAGGCUCCCUGUCCCCUGUGAGGAGAGCAGUGCAAAUAUGCAGUUCAAAAGCUUGCAGGAUAUGAGGUGGCACUGUCCCCAGGAGGGACCUGGCCCUCCCCACAGAGCAGCUGUCAGUAGCUAAAGGAAGAGCUGAGCUGCAGCAGGGCCUGUAGCUGAAUAUAGGUAAGGUUGUGAAUGACAGGUUCUUUCCUGUCCCUCGUGCUGCUGACUGUCCACAGAGCACAAGGGCAGCGUCAGCACCUGCUCUGGCUGCCUCUGUACCCGAGGAAGAGGCUGAAGAGGAGGAAGGUGCCAAUGAACCUGGCCCUGCUGUCAGCCCAGGGCUGGAGCAAACAACACCAGUAAGUGCCCCCUUUGAGUAGCAGUGUCUUUGGUGUCAUUUUGUCCGUCAUGUAAAAGCAGCCUUGGGAUUUUGUGCCUUGAGCUGUUGAAGCAAGCUGCACAAGCUGGGAGGUGAAGAGUCCUGGGUGUGGCCAGCAGCAUCUUCCUAGGGGUGUGCAUUUGAAAUGAGAUGGGAGGGGCAUCUCUGCCAGGCACAUUUGUGACCCAAAUUCAUUUCUUGUCCCAGAGCUCCACCUCCUCUGUCCUGGCAGCUGCAGGAGCUGCAGCUGAAGGCUGGGAAGAAGGCUCCAGUGCCCAGGCUGGAAGCUCAAGCACGAGCAGCUCGUGCACCUGGAGCACGACUAGCUCCUCUGGCAGCAGAGAGCAGCAGCGAGAGAGCACAGAGGACAAGUGCCUGGCCGUGCUGAAGAUGCUGGUGAGCAAGGGAGAUCCUGAGGCGAAAUACACAGAAGUGGAAACUCUUGGCAAAGGGGGUUUCGGCACUGUGUGCAUGGCAGUGGAGUCUGCCACAGGAGAAGAGGUGGCCAUCAAGAAAAUUAGUCUCCUGCAAGAGAGCAGCAGUGAGCUGUGCCUGAAUGAAAUCCAGGUCAUGCGUGGCAGUAAGAAUGCCAACCUUGUGAACUAUGUAGACAGCUACCUGGUGGACGAGGAACUCUGGCUUGUGAUGGAAUACAUGGACGGAGGUUCUUUACAUGAUGUCAUCAGGGAGACUCACAUGGCAGAAGGAGAGAUAGCAGCUGUCUCUCGGGAGUGCCUGCAAGGCCUGGAUUUCCUGCACUCCAAUCAAGUGAUCCACUGCGAUAUCAAAAGUCACAACAUUCUCCUGGGCUUGGAUGGAUCUGUCAAGUUGGCUGAUUUUGGCCUUGCUGCUCAGCUCACUGCUGAGCAGAGCAAACGGAGAUCAGCUGUUGGGACUACUUACUGGAUGGCGCCAGAAAUUUUCACCAGGAAGCCCUGUGGCCCCAAAGUGGACAUCUGGUCCUUUGGAAUUGUGGGGAUCGAGAUGGUGGAAGGAGCGCCUCCGUACCUGAUGAAAACCUCCCGCACGGUACGCUGCAGCUGCUCUCAGAUACUGCUGUCACGCUGACAAAAUCUGCUCCCAUCCUUCUGCCUGGGAAGCUUGCCAACACCUGAAAAUGAUAGGUUCCAGGCUGCACAGUCUCUUGUGCUUCUUGGCCAGAUCAUCCCCUUGCCAUUUUUGUGCAUGAACAACACCAAAAAAUCGUGAUGCCUUUUGCUUGGCAGAAGCUUCACCUAAGGGAGCAGGGAGCAGUGCUGAGCUGCAUUUUGUGGAAUAAUCCUUGGAAAUAGUAGAAUGAGAUGGAAGUCCUUCUUUUAAAAUGCCUGAAGAGGUGGUGUCAGUGCUCAGAGAAGCAAAGUGUGCUGUUGCUGAUGGAGCUGCUGCUAAUUCCAGCAGCCAGUGAAAUCAGGGGUCAAGGCAAGAGCCUUUGCAUACUGGACUGGCUAUGGCUGCCUCUGGCUUUGGGUUGUUUUAGUAGGGCUAGGGAGUAAAGUGCCACUGGAGAGUGGAGCUUGUCCAGUGGGGUCUGUGUGAGCAGUUUGGGGUGCGAAGGAGACAGGUAGAGUGUGGCAUUUCCUUCUUCUCUAGGUUCAACAGCUGAUAAGCACCGGGGCCCCCCCGAAGCUGCAGAAGCCCAGGCAGCAGUCGGCGUGGCUGCGAGACUUCCUGCACUGCUGCCUGGAGAGGGACGAGGACAGGCGCUGGUCUGCCCAGGAACUUCUGCAGGUAAAAGGCAAAGCGGCUGCACGUCCUGGAUGUGGAGACAGCAUUGCACAGAAUGCCCUCCUUUCUGUAUCUUUCUGGUAGCCAGAGAAAGCCUGUUUCAGCCUGUGGGGAAAGUAGAAGUUCAUUGCUUCUUUUUCUCUUUGGGCAGCAUCUGUUUGUUACAUCAGCCAAGCCGACCUCCACCCUGGUGCCUCUGAUCAUGGCCACACAGCAGUUUAUGUCUGGCAGGAGAUACUAGCCCUGGAAGAGGCCUUUGUUGUUGUUUGUAGUUUCUAGUUUGUAGCUUAUAGCUUGUAGUUUGUAGUUUGUUUAGAGUGAAUAAAUACUAUAAUAAAUAAAAUCUUCUCUGUGUUGGAACUUCUCUUUGUUCUCACCUUGUGAAUAGGCUCUAAAUUUCUUCUGAAUGGUCAGGUGUUUCUCCAAUGUGGCAAGACCCAUGGAUGGGGUUUGUGACAUGGUUUGUUUGUGAGCAAAGGUCAUCUUCCUUCAUCGCCUCCAGGCCACAACCUCUUGUGGAGAUACAGGCUUGCAGCUGUGACUUGAGGAGCAGAGCAGGACAGAAUGGAGCCGAGCAGUGGUGUCACUGCUGGGGAUGCUGCUGUGCCUGUGGUUGUGUUGCAGCUCUUGGGAAAGGUUGGGAGUGUCUGUGUUGCUGUGGGCAGAGGGGGAGGGAGCCAGGCUUCUCCACAGUAUCAGGCACAGGUGAGUGUCCAGUGGGAAGGCAAGUUCUGCCACGGGAACUGAAGCCAACAUGAGGGAGUGAAAACUUGUUCAGUUUGGAUCUGUGUGAGCCACUGUGGACACUGCUAGGGGACUUCCUGGGGCUAUGCCCUGGAACAAUGUUCCCUAGAACUUUAACCUCUCCCAUGGAGUCCUGUUUUUCAUUUCAAUAUACAGUGAUUAUUGAAAAUUAUUGAAAAUCAUUUACUGUGUGAUGUUCGGUGGUAUCAGACAGUAUAUUUGAUGACAUUUAAAUUCAAAUUUAGUUGCACAAUAUUUAACAAACUUCCUUUCCCAGUUUUCCUGUUGUACCCCUCACUUCCCUGAACCCACUAUCCCUGAGAAGGAGAGGAUGGGAGAUGGAACCUGCUCAAGAGCACAGGUGAGCCACCAGUCAUCUGCCAUCUCCCCUCCUUUUCUGUCCUCUUGCCAGGACAGCACUGGCCAUGCCAACCUGGAGUCUACCCUAACCCACUUUCUGACAGCCCUCAGCCCUACUCUUGCCUUCCUACUGUAUUAGCCAUUCCCCAUUUUUGUUGGAAUUCAUGUUUUAGAGAUCAAACUUACAAUGAGAUUUCACAAUAAAACAGCCAGAGGACCGACUCUGUUGCCCCCACAGGAGACCUGUUCCUGGCCCUGCCAGAAGCUCCCCCACAGGCCAGUCUGCCGGGGUCGGCUGCCAGUGGUCUCUGCCCCAGCACGGGAAAAGGUGGUUCUGGGCAGGCCGCACUCUCGAAGAAGGAGUCUGGACUCUUGCUUUUCGGUCUUCAGUUGAGUUUAUUGUUCCUUAUCUACAAAGUUUUUCUGUCUGUCCAGCCGAGGUCUGAUCAGCAAGACAGCCAAGGGCACUCUCUCCCGCCCAUGGGGCGGUUGUCUCUUUUCUAGUAAAAACUACGUAGAAGAUAUUUACCUUUAAUUUCCAAUACUUUUCGCCCUUGUUGGCAAGUGCACUUUCCCUAUGAACCAAUCCACACAUGCCAACAUCAUCCUGAACAUGGAUGCCAAGGAGAAGAAAGAAGAAGGACAGGACAUGCCCAAAUUCCUCCAUCUUAGUACCCCUGACCCCCAUGUACAGAAUUUCAAAACCCCCCUGUAUAACAUAUAAAACCCCCCUGUACAGUGCAUUAUAAUUCAAGUUUUAUCAAGUGAGUAUCUUCCCCUCACCAUUCAGGCCUGAAUUUCUCUCAUUUUCUCACAUUCAGGUGUCUUCGGCUUCCUGCCAGGGUCUCCGAGCCCCUGCCAGGGCUCUGAGACAUCCAGGGCAUCCAGAGAGAUGCUCUGGGUUCCGACACUAGUCCUCCAUCAAAGCUUUUCUUUUGAUUUGUGUGUUUGGUGAAGGGCACAGGGGAAGGUGCCACCACAAGUCCUUUUGAUUUUCUGUUCUCUUGUUUUGUGGGUGAGUGAGGGGGAAUGGAGUGGCAGGGAGCAACCUGGGUCUCAGGGCUUUAGAAGCAAGGGGGAAGGGAAAUCAAAUUCUCUUAUUGUUUAGCUGUGCUCUGCAAUAUGAACCCACCUGUUAAUUUAAAUUGUCAAGUUUAGUUAAAAUCUAUUAAGUGUUGUGUUGUUUUUAGUUAAGACAAAAUUAUUAUUUUAACUAUGAUUGUUAUACAUUUAAUUAUAAAUCAAACAAAAAAGGGGGAGUCGUGGGAGCUUGUGCUGGAGGGCAGGGGCCAGGAACUGACCAUACAGCCACACAUCAGACAAACAACGACCAACACCAAGCCUCAGGAGAAGAGAAGCCACAAGGGAUGACACCCAGACAACUUAUGGGGAGCUUCUCAUGAAGAGCAGAGGACUCUGGAUUGGGAGUGGCCAUGCAGAUCAAGAGCCUGCCUGGACCCAUCAGGGCAGAGGGAAAACAGGCAAAUCUUCUUGGAAAGGACUUCAGAAUUCCAUCAUGGAAAUGAAGCACUGUUGACAGAGCACUAGACUCUGAAAGGAUUUGAAAGGGGAGAGGAAGCUCAGCUUGCACAUGAGCCACAAGAAGCUUUCUCCCCACCAGAAUUUUGGCAUCACAAUAGCAGUGCUCCAUGCUGGCCAUCUCUCCCCAGGAUAUCCCCCACGUGCACGCCCCUCCUGCUGGCAAUGGGCUCACUUUGGCUGUCUUGUGGAGCAGAGAAGGGAACAGGCACCCAGAGAGGGAGCAUUUCACUGUGUUUCAGAAAAUGACAGCAGAGCAGCCUUCCUCAGCAAAGUCAUCUGAAAUGACUUAAGAGUCCUAAUAGUCUGGAACGCCUCAAGGUGCUCUCAUACCAGGACCUCACUGCUGCCUCACCUGAGGGUUUACAGCUGCCUCCAGGCCCUUCCAGGCUAAGUGCAGGUGCUCAGGAGUCUGACUUUUUCCUGACAUCUCCCAAGAAAGUCUUUGCCUCAUCUGGAUUUCUUGGGGUUUCAUCAGAGGAACCAGGCACCAGCAAAUUUCAUCUCAAGCGUGAGCUCAUCAUUCCGCUGGUUCCCAUAGACCGCAGAUGCCGCCCUGAGCUCACCGUUUCUCUGCGUCCCAUAGACCAUCACAGCCCUUCCAUGGCCUCUCCAGAGGGAAGCAGCUGCACAUCUUCAGAGCAGUAUUUGCCAGCCUGCAGUUCAUCAGGUAGGGAAAGAGUUUCUACCCUUGCUUUCCAAGCAGGUCCUGGUUAGUGACCCUUUAAAGAGUUUUCCUGCAGUGCUCUAUCAUGGGUAGAUCUCAAGCGAGAAUCGGGUAGAAAGUGUCAAGUCGCCUAGGAAGAGGGAUCUUGAAAACAGAAGGAUUUUCUGCCAGCUUUUCCUGUCCUUGCUGCAGAUUUGGAGGGUGUUCUGGGCAUUUUCCAGACAGCCCUUCUGUAGGGGUACAAGGGCAAGGCAAAAGAUAUUGCCUAACAAGUCAUCAGUGUUAGGUGCACUCCCCUCUUUCUUUGAAUGAAGCCAGACCAGGAUGGUGAGAGGAUAUUGCAGAGCUUUAAGACUGUCUGCCCUGAAAAUCAAGCCAAACCACUGAAAUGAGCUCUGCCUGCCCCAGAAGAGUUGGAGCUGCAGAAUACAGCCUCACCCACAAGGCUGGUUUUAGAAAAAACUCACAGUUUAAUUUCAGCAUGUGUGUCUGAAGAUCUGGGCUCUUCCUGGGUGAAUCCACUUUCUGUGGUCUUUUGUGAUGAGAAACCAAA